AGUUUUCUCCGGACUUCGUUCUGUCAAUGUGCCCUAAUAGGGCAUGCGCCGUUUUUUGCAAUUCGUCUGCCUCGACCAUAAGAAACCUAACAAUACAACCAUUGGUUUUCUACACUUAAGCUUUUGGUUUUAGGAGUUGGGCGUUGGAAGAGGCAUAAGCACAGCCAGCGGAAAACAAUGCAAAAGCGUUCAACAUUGAGAUGUUCUGCAUCGCUGUGCUCUGCUUUGGCUUUGGCUUCUUUGCUUGCGCGAGGAGUAUUUCGCUUUCCCUCUUCGCUGAUACAGCGGACUCGGCGUGUCCGUGUCCGAGUUACGCACUGUCUUGUUCCCGGUCUUAGCGCUGGAGAUAGCGCAGGGCUAGAUCAGUUAGGGUCGGGCUAGGCUUGGGCUGUGGGCUUAGGCAAGCAACUGCCUGGACCUCUGGAGUGCUCAGAGGGAGGGUAUGGUAACUCUGGACACAUGAGAGACUGGGCUAACCGGACGAGUGAAGAACAUGCGAUCCGCAAACCUUCACUUCCUUCAGCAUUUUCCCUUUCGACUACUACAAGUGCAUUCUACUCUCUCUCGCUAUUUUGUUGAUUUUUCUUUCACUUGGCUUGUUUUCUUCUGUUUCUUCCACCGAUCCCCUUCUAUAGCGGGCCCCGACAAUGAAUGGCUAGACUUUUUGCAUGGCUUGUGCAGUAUUGUUGGCUUGGGCUUGUGCCUCACAUUAGUGUUGUGGCUUCAAGUUACCACUCACUGUACAUUUUACUACCUUCCUAGGUCAGCCAGCCCGGCUCCGGCUCUUCUUGGGCUCAAAGCCAGCGGAUACGGUGAUGAGGGAAUGACGUGCUCGGGGAGGAGGAAAAGGAGAGUGGAGGGGAUGGCAAGGGGCUGAAGAGGUCAUGGCCGCAUCAGUUAUCCCUACAGAACGGAUUACCUGGUAGUUUUCAGCGGCGUUGGUUAGGGUACUCUGAAUUUUCUUUACAUCAGGGUAAUCAAAUGAUAGACGUGGGAUUCCCUCUGCGUUUCGCUGUCUUGCUCGGGUGUUUUGCAGUUGAUCCGCUCACGGCCAGGAGCAGAAAUCACCCAUGCGUUAGAAAGCAGUAUGUCAGUCGCGGCGAAAGCGGUUGGCAAUAAAAUCCGGACCCAGAAGUGAUGUUCCGAAGCCCGCUGAUCGACUGAUACGGUGGGAUCAAGCUUCCACUUCCAUCCAGGAUGCUUCGGUCACAUCACAGAGCAACCCUCAUGCAAACUGUUUUUAU